AUGGGCUCAGCUGUCGCCGGCGGCGUACUUCUGAGGCAGCUCGGCAAGGGCUUCUUCGUCUCUUCGGCGGCGGCGCCAGGGCGAGUGAUGGGAACUGGUUUUGGCCCCGCCCGGGCGGCCGCUGCGUGGGCGUGGCGCCCAGCACGGUUCGGGAGCUCUUUGCGGGCGGCGGCGGCGGAAGAAGGAGAGAAGGUGGAGGCAAAUCGGGGCCAGGCGGGGAAAGAGGAGGGGAAGGAGAAGGUGGCGAGCUACUGGGGGGUAUCCCCUCCCAAGAUCACCAAGCCGGACGGUACCACAUGGAGAUGGAGGUCCUUUAUGGUAAGCCAUCUCCGUCCGCCCAUCAUCGUGUUCCUCUUGUCUGGGGGUUUCUCCAAAUACUCUAAAGAUCGUGCUUUCCCUCUUCUUCGUACACUCUCAGCCAUGGGAGACGUACCAGUCAGAUACGUCCAUUGAUCUGGAAAAGCACCACGUCCCCUCGACCUUGGGCGAUAAGCUCGCCUUCUGGACCGUCAAGGUCCUCCGCGCGCCGACCGACAUCUUCUUCCAGGUAAAGAUCUUCCCUGCCUGCUCCUUCUGGAGCGAGACGAACUCCCCUCCGCCAACGUUUUCAGGGCCUAUGAGACUGAUUUCCUACUUUUUGUUCCAAAACAUUCAAUCUUCGUUCCGGGCGAAUUAAUUUCCACCGCCGGCAGUCUCUGAUCUGGACAGCUCACUGAAUGGGCUUCGUCCGGACGCCGGCCGACAAUCACUAGGAUCACUGUGUAGCAGAGAUAUGCAGCUACGCAGGUUGACGAUGGUGAAGUCCCAUCUCUAAUUCUUGUGGAUCUUUUCUUAGUUACCCCCCGUCGAACAUGUACCGCAAUGUCUGGACAGUCUUACCUAUAAGCAGGAAGACUUUUGAGGGACUAGUCGACGAUUUAGUGAUUUAGGGUAUGGUGUUUAUGUAUUUCCGUGGUGCAGAGGAGGUACGGGUGCCGGGCGAUGAUGCUGGAGACGGUGGCGGCGGUGCCUGGAAUGGUGGGGGGGUUGUUGCUGCACUGCAAGUCCCUGCGGCGGUUCGAGCACAGCGGGGGUUGGAUAAGGGCGCUGCUCGAGGAGGCGGAGAACGAGCGGAUGCACCUGAUGACCUUCAUGGAGGUCUCCCAGCCGCGGUGGUACGAGCGGGCGCUAGUCUUCGCAGUCCAGGGGGUCUUCUUCAACGCCUACUUUCUUGCCUAUCUGGCCUCCCCCAAGCUCGCCCACCGCGUCGUCGGCUACCUCGAGGAGGAGGCCAUCCACUCCUACACCGAGUUCCUCAAGGAGCUCGACAAGGGCACCAUCGAGAACGUCCCCGCCCCCGCCAUCGCCAUCGACUACUGGCGCCUCCCUCCUGACGCCACCCUCCGCGACGUCGUCCUCUCCGUCCGGGCUGACGAAGCCCAUCACCGCGACGUCAACCACUUCGCAUCCGUAAUCAUAUCUCUCUCUCUCUCUCUCUCUCUCUCUCUCCCCUUCUCUCCCGGCAUCUAAUCUCGUACUCUCUUUGCAGGAUAUCCACCGCCAGGGCCACGAGCUCAGAGAAACUCCGGCGCCCUUGGGAUACCACUGA